UUCUUUGAGGUUCCGUUUGACUCAAAUAUGAACAGGACAAAAAACAGACCACUGGUGCGAGGACAGAUCAGCCCCCUGCUCGCCGUCUGUUUUGCUGCCUCCUGCGGAGUCCCGGGAAUCGCCCUGCUGACGCUGGGAGUAAACCCCCUCACCGGGGCCCUGGGAGCCUUCAACAUUUUCUUGUACACGUGUUGUUACACACCCAUGAAGAGAAUGAGCAUUGCCAACACGUGGGUGGGAGCUGUCGUCGGUGCCAUUCCCCCCGUCAUGGGCUGGACUGCGGCUACUGGUAGUCUUGAUGCUGGUGCAUUACUGUUAGGAGGAAUCCUCUAUUCCUGGCAGUUCCCUCACUUCAACGCCCUGAGCUGGGGUCUGCGGGAAGAUUACUCCCGAGGGGGAUACUGUAUGAUGUCCGUCACCCACCCAGGGCUGUGCAGGCGGGUGGCUCUGCGUCACUGCUUGGCCUUAAUCGGACUCUCAACGGUGGCUCCUGUUCUCGACAUCACCACGUGGACUUUCCCCGUCAUUUCGCUCCCUAUUAACCUCUACAUCUCCUACCUCGGCUUUCGGUUCUACAGGGAUGCAGACCGCAGCAGCUCCAGGAAGCUCUUCUUCUGCAGCCUGUGGCAUUUGCCGAUGCUGCUGCUUGUCAUGUUCACGUGCAAGAAAUCGUUCCUAGAGAAGGAAGACAAAGGCGAUCUGCUGGGUGGAAAUCACGGGAGGGCUAUGGAAAUUAGAUUGCCUUAAAUAUCAAUUACUUGUCGUCCUCAUGACACAUCAGGUAGUAUAUUUUAGUAAUUAUAAGGGGGAAACCUGUGGGGAUCUGUUUGAAGAAGAAACGUUUGUGCCUAGCAACCACUUCAUGCGAUAAUUUUCUGUUUUCUUCUGAAAGGGAAGAGAUGUGAGACCUUAAAGCAUUCACGGGCCUUAGGCUCAGUCACUCAUCACGGAUUAAAAUUUAGCCUAUGUCAGAAGCACAUCGCUU